UUUUCUCUACCACAAAUUUCAUGACACAACUAAAUGUGCCACAUCCAGCUACUACUACUACUACUUGCACACAAUUCACAAAAUUUGACUUCUUAUCCCUAUUCAACUCUCUACACUCUUCACGUUUCUAGCUAUUCCUUCCUGUGACAUAAUCAAAAGAUCAAACCCAACUUUUCUUCCCUUUAUUCCUAUCCAACACAUACUUUGGCUUUGCUUUGGCAUAUUCCACCCUUUCAAGUUUCAAACAUGGAUGAAAUUGAAAUCCCUGCUCAUUUUCUCUGCCCCAUUUCCCUCCAACUCAUGAGAGAUCCUGUCACGGUUUGCACAGGAAUCACUUAUGAUAGAGAAAACAUAGAAAGAUGGUUAUUUUCAUGCAAGAACAACACUUGCCCGGUUACAAAGCAAUGCUUGUUAGACCAUGAUCUCACUCCAAACCACACUCUAAGAAGGUUGAUCCAAGCUUGGUGCACCCUCAAUGCCUCACUUGGAAUUGAACGCAUUCCAACUCCAAAGUCACCAAUCGACAGAACUCAGAUUGUGAAGCUCAUAUCCGAAGCAAAGAGGAUCCCUGAGAAGCAACUCAAGUGCCUCACAAGGCUUAGAUCCAUUGCCUUUGAGGGCCACAGAAACAAAACCUGUUUGGAGUCUGCAGGAGUGAUAGAAUUCUUGGCCUCAACCAUGAAGAACAACAUCACACAAGAAAACUCAAUCGUUUUAAGUGAAGCAGCAAUAGAAGUUUUGUUUCACCUCAAUCUCUCCGAGGCUAAGCUUAAAGCUCUUGUAAACAACGAGGGCAUGCAGUUUGUUGAGUCAUUGUUUCAUGUGUUGAGGCUUGGAAACUACCAAUCUAGAGCUUAUGCUACCAUGUUACUGAGGUCAGCAUUUGAGGUUGCUGAUCCAAUCCAAUUGAUCAGUGUGAAAACUUUGUUGUUUGUGGAAAUCAUGCGUGUGCUGCGUGAUAAGAUUUCACAACAGGCUUCAAAGGCUGCAUUGAAGCUUAUUGUGGAGCUUUUCCCGUGGGGAAGAAACAGGAUCAAAGGGGUUGAGGGUGGUGCAGUUUUGAUCCUCAUUGAGCUACUUCUUGAUGCAUCAGAAAGAAGGGCGUGUGAACUCAUCUUGAUAGCGUUGGACCAACUUUGUGGCUGUGCAGAAGGGCGUGCUGAGUUGUUGAAUCAUGCUGCAGGAGUAGCCAUUGUGUCAAAGAAAAUUCUAAGGGUUUCUCACGUGGCUAGUGACAGAGGGGUUAGGAUUUUGGCCUCUAUUUGUAGGUAUUCUGCCAAUGCUAGAGUGCUUCACGAAAUGUUGCAGGUUGGUGCUGUGUCCAAGUUGUGUUUGGUGCUUCAAGUUAAUUGCGGUUUCAAGACUAAGGAGAGAGCCAAGGAGAUACUCAAAUUGCACUCUGCAGUUUGGAAGAAUUCCCCUUGUAUUCCUGUACCUUUGUUAUCUUCUUAUCCAUGAUCUAAUUUGGUCCAAGUUUGUAAGUCCUUUUUUGUGUACAUGCAUCUGAUGAAAGUAUCUGGUGCCAGAGAUUUUGGAAUUACACAUAGUUAUGAUGGGAAAAAAUUCCUCGGAUCAA